CACCUCACCACCAUCCACCAACAAUACCCCCCAUCUAAUCUACACCAUGGUCGAAACAAACAUCACCCGCGCUACAUCGAAGAAGAUCAAAGAGUCGACCAGCGGCAGAGAUAAGUUAGAAGAAAUAGCAAUCAAGAAAGCUCUCAUCCCCACCGGCGGCAUCGGACAAAAGGAGGCGGGGACGACGAAUGAGGACACUGUACCUAAUACAGCCCUCACCGGUAACACAGAAACCCAAGCCUCAGAUGGCAAUGUCCGAGCCCAUAGUGGCAGUAUACUAGAGGUUCCCAAAGAUAAACCCCACGGAGAAAGGAUCAACAAGACCGUAUACUCCCAUAUCACAGACAUAAGCGAUGCACGCAGAGACAGAGCCCCUGCGGCAAUGAACAUACCCUUUUCCUUAGACGUGGAUAAUAGCGACGUACGCAAAGACCAAGCCUUCUCGGCAAUGAACGGACCUGCAGUCUUUAGACGCACCGGCCAAAUCCAUGACCUUACCGUGGAAGACCCCGAAGCGGAUAGAUCCCCGGCGGUCGUCUCCUCUUCAUUCAUGAAUGAGAGACAAGAAAUGUGGAAUAGAGCGACCGAAGCGCAAGACGCCGGCGACGCAGCUUUAGCAGAAAUGUUAUUCCGAGCGAUUGGCUCGAUGACAGCCCAACGGAACACUGCGAACAUCACACCUCGCGCCAUUCCCAACGAAACCUUCGCGGUGCCGAGGUUCCACGGCCCAGCAGGCGUGACCUACCAAGCGGCACAGCCACAGAUCUUGUUACCUAGCGUGGCCCCAGAGACAGCCACCGGCAAGAAGUUCUUCCUAACAGAAGGGGACCUGGUUUACGCAAUCGGCUCAGUUACAAAUCAUAACAGUGUAGGGUUUGCGCCUUUCCUUGAUGAAAACAUCCGGAAGUUACGGUCACCCUUACCUUUGACAAUCUUCAACCGCAAAUGGCAACAGCGGGCGAUGGCACAUCACCUAGACCGCCGUCAAAGAUCCGAUGAGUCAUCAAACGAUAAAGACAAAUCAGGUGGUUAUAAGGGUUUUGCCUUCAUCCAAGAAUGGACUCAGACCUAUGCGCAAUGGACCCGCAACCACCGUUCGUUCCGCAAGACUCUGAAUGACGUCUACAAGAUCAUCGAGUUCUCCAAGCUUUUGGGUACGCACAAGAACAACGGUGACGAUAUCACAGAAGAAUUCGGCUUCAUGGUAGCCUUCAGAUAUGAUAUGGAGGUUCGGAAUAACACCUUCUCCCAUCGGAUCACGGAUGAAGACGUCAAAAACGCCAUACCAGACAUAUCGCAACGGAAAGAAUCCGUCGUCGAACAAUGCUAUAACCAAUGUCGCAAUUUUGGUGAAUUGGAAUGGGAGGAAAACCUGUACGCUCCGGGCCACUCACAUGCGAACCACAACCCUCUCACCGGUUGCUUAAGGCAACAAAAGUCGAAUCACUUCCCUAGCAACAAUCAGAUGAUUCAUAACCCCUACAUGCAACAGCAACAGCAGUACGGGGGGAAUCACUUCUACGGACAACCUAACACCAACAAUUUUAACGGUUAUAAUAACAUUCAAGGCAGGGGUUAUAAUGGUGGUCCACAUUAUAACCAAGGAGGCUCGGCUUAUAACAAUAAUUAUAAUCAAGGCAACUUCGGCAACUCCGACGGAAAGAAAAGACCGAGAGGAGGAUAUCGAGGAUCUAAUUACUCUGAUAAUCCUCAAGGGAGAGCUGAGAACAGUCAAGGAAAGAAAGGAGGUGGAAACACGAAGUAGGUGACUUCUAUAGUCUUGUUUACAUGAUUGAUAAGCCCUUUUAGCAAGUGUAUAUCGCUGUUCGCGCUUUA